UUUUUUUUGUGAGAAACACCCGCGAAAAGUACAAGAAAGUUCCAAAACGUGGAUUUUAAUAUUUAAUGAAAAAAAGAAAAAGAAAAAAAAGAAAGUGAAGAAUUAAUUAAGGGAUCAUCGGCGUGGUGGUGUUGGUGUUUUGUAUGGACUGCGAAUUCAGGAGUUUGGAAGCCCAAAUCCCCAUGUACCCUCAACACUCUUCCUCUCCCCAACCCAACCACCCCAUGUACGCUCCUCCUCCUCCUCCCUCCUCUUCCUCCUCUUCCUCCGCUCUCUACCCCAAGCUUGGUCCCAACCAUGGCCGUCCCUUUCCCCAACACCCCCACAACCCACCUCCUCCCUCUUCUGCUUCUUCUGGAUUGGGUAUACGCGUAACUAUAAAGCCGGAGUAUCGGAUCACACCUCCUCCUCAGCUGUCACCAUAUGUAGGAGAGAUACCUCGGAGUAAUUUCCAAUUUGAUUUUGAGCUUGAGAGGAAAAUUCUCGCUGAAGCAGAGAAGGAAAACCAGAACUGGGUGAAGCUUGGGCUGGAAAAUCUUCCAUCGAGGACUCCAGCGUCAACAUCUUCAUCAUCUUCGGUGGGAUCCAUCCCAGACCCUACCGUUGCGAAAUAUAUUGCUUCAGGGCUGAGUCGAGAAGCUGUUACUAUUGCCGUGGGGCAUUAUGGAGACAAUUCCACUAAGGUUCCAGAAUUUGUCAAUGGAUACAAUCUCUUACGAGAGAUGGGAUUUCCAUCGAAGAGCGUUGCUGAUGCUCUAAUAAUGUAUGAGAAUGAUACAGACAAGGCACUGGCACAUUUUCUCAAUGGUUCAUCUUGAGUUAUCCUACACUGAUGAAUUAGAGUGAUGUGGUGUAUUGGUAAGACUGUCAUGGCCAAAUUGUAUGGACCUUUGGGUUCCAGUACUAUUGUACAGCAUAUAAAUGUUUCACAUAAGUUUUUGUUUGCUGAACGAAAAUCAAAUCCCAUGUCGUUGUCAUAGAUAUUUGUGUUUUUUGGCCAUGAAGUUGUAUAGAUGUCUUUCACUCAGUUCACAAUUUAUGUAUACAUCUAUUUAUAAUGUAUUUUUGAUGUUGAUCUUUA